AUGGACAUCAAGCCCAUUCCCGCCUUCUACUGCUGUUACCUCCUCCGCUCCACUGUGCGGCACUCAAGCCUCUACAUCGGUUCCUCGCCAGACCCAGCACGUCGCCUCGCUCAGCACAAUGGUCGAGUUCAAGGCGGCGCCGUGCGCACUUCUCGCGCCACCCUUCGUCCCUGGGAAAUGGCCUGUAUCGUCGCCGGGUUUCCCUCCAACAUUGCAGCUUUGCAAUUUGAAUGGGCAUGGCAUAAUGCACACUUGACCCGCCAUAUUUCCCCAGAGCAGCGCUUGUCUUUUGCCACGACCCGGACCAAAACCUCUAGGACCGGGAAAGUCACCAAGAGACCUGGGCGACCCAGAACUUCGAUGAUUGACAAGUUAUCAAAUCUUCAUUUAUUACUGCGAGCGCCCUAUUUCUCCAAGUGGCCGCUUCAGGUCCGCUUCUUUAGUGAAGACGUGUAUCGUUCGUGGUCAACCUGGUGCGGCCGCGUCGACACUCAAAUCAGACCGGAAAUUAGAGUGCAUUUUGACCCGGCAGAACCCAGGGCUCAACCGCCAGAAGAGGUGGAGUUCACUUCUGCUCAGCCUCAGCCGGUCCAGAGGAAGAGAAAAGCUGAUUUAAUCGGAAAGGGCGGUGUUGAAGGUGUCGAUCCAACAUACGCUCGACUCAAAAGUGUCUUUGAAAAGAGCCAAUUUCUUCUCGAUGAAGACGAUGAGCAGAAGUGUUCGGUAUGCGCAGAGGUGAUCGAUCUCCGUAAGAGCAUUUUCGUCGUUUGUCACACGCACGAUUGUCCUGGCAUGUCCCAUAUUAGAUGUCUAGCCGACAAGUCCCUGAACGAAACCCAAUCAGCUUUGUCAAUGGUCCCAGAAAGUGCGACAUGUCCAAGCUGUCAUCAGGAGCAUGCUUGGUUGGAAUUGAUGCAGCAGGUCACCCUUCGAAACAGGGGUGAGAAGGAGGUUAAAAAGCUCAUGGGCAAGAAGUCUAAGACCACGGCGUCGGCGGCCGCAGAGAUGAUGGAGACCGAAAGCGAAGAAGAAGAUGGUCCUUCGGAAAGUGAAGAAGAAGAAGCGCUUACCGCCAGACGAGUAGUCGCUGAAGAGGCUGAGCUGAGCUCUGACGAUGGUGGUGAUGACGAAGACAGGAUGUCCCUUGCAUCCGUAGACUCCUUCACAAGUAUGGCGUCCAACGUAUCCAGUGGGCUAGCAGUUAAGCCUCCCGCUGGCACGGAAGAACCGAAGAGACUCCAAAUAGUCAUAGAAGAUAGCGAAGAUGAAGGAUGA